AUGCGUUCCGCUCAGUUCCUCGCCCUCGCGAUGGCCGUCGCUACCUCCGAGGCCGUCUCGCAGGGUUUCAACUACGGUGCCUCCAAGGUUGACGGCACUGUCAAGGUGCAGUCCGACUUCGAGACCGAGUUCAACACUGCCAAGAACCUCGUUGGCACCGACAACGGCUUCACCAGUGCCCGUCUUUACACUAUGAUCCAGGGUGGCACCACCAACGGCCCCAUUGAGGCUAUCCCCGCCGCCAUCAAGGAGAAGACCACCCUCCUCCUCGGUCUCUGGGCUUCCGGUGGUGACAUGGCCAACGAGAUCGCCGCUCUCACCUCCGCCAUCGACACCUACGGCGAGGAGUUCACCAAGCUCGUCGUCGGUAUCUCCGUCGGCAGCGAGGAUCUCUACCGUGUCUCGCAGACCGGUGUCGAGGCCAACGCUGGUGUCGGUGUCGAGCCCGCCACCCUCGUGGACUACAUCAACCAGGUCCGUUCCGCCAUCUCCGGCACCACCCUCAGCGGUGCCUCCAUCGGUCACGUCGACACCUGGAACUCCUGGUCCAACAGCUCCAACGCUGCCGUCAUUGAGGCCGUUGACUGGCUCGGUUUCGACGGUUACCCCUUCUACGAGAACACCAAGCCCAACUCCAUCGACGACGCCAAGGCUCUCUUCGAUACCGGUGUCGCCAACACCAAGGCCGUCGCCGGCGACAAGGAAGUCUGGAUCACCGAGACCGGUUGGCCCGUGACCGGUGACAGCCAGAACUUGGCUGUUGCCAGCACCGCCAACGCCAAGAAGUACUGGGAUCAGGUUGCCUGCCCCCUCCUCGGCAACACCAACACCUGGUGGUACAUGCUCAACGAUGAGGGUGCCAGCCCCAGCUUCGGUGUCUCCAGCUCCAGCUCCGACACCACCCCUCUGUACGACUUGACCUGCAAGGCCUCCUCCUCUUCCUCCGCUGCUGCGUCUUCCAGCACCGGCCUUACCGCUGACAACGCCUCCGGAUCUUCCGGCUCCGACAACGCCUCCGGCUCUGGCUCUUCUUCCGCCGCAUCUCCCUCCUCCAGCGCUUACACUGGCUCUGCCGCCCGUGUCACCGGCUCUGCUGCCGGUGCUUUGAUCGCUGCUCUGGCUCUUGCCUUCACCUUCUAA